AUGAUCUCUUUGGUUCAGAUCCAAGCUGCAGCGCAACAAGACGGGUUUGAGGCUCGAGGAUCGCUCAGGUUUAUUCCUAAAUGGAAGCCAGUAUUGACGAAUCCUGCCUUGCAAUUAGCACAGGAGUCAAUGACAGGAUGGAAAGAGGCAAGUGAUCUUGGUUACCAACUUCGAUCCAGAUAUCCCGGGUUUUACCAGGAUGGCAACCCAUUCUACGUGUGGGCUAAUCAAUAUAAAUCCCCUAUCAAUGAAUCACGAGUGGUUCAAACCGCGAGAGCAUUUCUCAAUGGCUUCCUCUAUGAGUAUGCCGACAGCUACGGUACUGUCGUGAGCGUGAACUCUACGGGAUCUCCUGCGGCCAUUGGCAACUCCCUUGGGCCUUCUGAUUCCUGUCCUGCAUUUAGUACUAUCUCCAGUGGAGGGAACAACGUGACGAAUUGGGAUGCCACGUGGCUACCCAAGGCUUUACAUCGCAUCAACUCCGAAAUCAGAGGAAAUCUUACGUUUGACAAAACAGAUAUACUCUUUUUCCCCUACAUGUGUGCAUAUGAGAGUCAGAUUGAAGGCCACCUCAGCCCCUGGUGUGGUGUGUUUACAGAAAGCGAGCUGCGUAGCUACGCAUACUCGCAGGAUCUGAGCUAUUUUUUCGGUGUCGGGCCCGGUUCAAUUGGUCCAGCCAAGGUACUUUUCCUUCCAUUCCUGAAAAGCCUGCUUUCUCUUCUAGAGACCGGUCCUGGGCAGGUCGGUGUUGGAGCCAACGGCACUAAGUUCGAAAUUCCGAACCUUCUCAUGGCUUUCACGAAUGACAACCAACUUGCCCAGAUGACCGCUGCCAUGGGAAUUUUCGAUUUCGAGGUACCUCUUCCCGAAGAUCAUAUACCAACCCACCACUUGUAUAACGUGGCGCACUUCAUCACCAUGCGAGGCACUGUUGCUUUUGAAGUCAUGGAUUGCAAUGUCAACAAUGCCACGAAUGGGCCCUACAUCCGUAUACUAUUGAAUGACGCUGUUUAUCCUAUAGCCAGUUGUCAAAAUGGCCCUGGAAGGAGUUGCUCUUUAUCUGAUUACCUUUCUUUGAUUGACAAGAAGAUUGACGAGGCGGGUGACUUUUUGGAUUACUGUAAUGUCACGGACGGGGGCCGUCCCGAAACCGCUACUGGAGCUGGUUUCUUUCGGGAUCUUUCUUUGGACUUUUUAACCUUUGUCAAUCCCUGA